AUGGUGCUGCUGUCAGGGCACGGCGAGCAGCUGGCCGGGGAGCGGGUCUGCCCGCCCGCCGCCGCUAAGGAGAUGCCCGGCGCCGAGGCGGAGAGCAGCCCUGAGCAGGGGGUGGCGGAGGCUGCCGCCGAGGAGCCGGACGAAGUAGAGGAGGAAGAGGACUGCGAAGAGUACGAGGACUUCUCCGAGCUGCCCGACACCUGCAGCAUCGCCUCAGACGACUCCUUCUACCCUCCUGGCGGGCUGGACGACGAGGACCUCUGGUCCCUGGACGGGGACGAGCGCGACAGCCCCGAGGCGCUCAGCCUCUUCCGAGCGUGCUGCACCAACAACAGCAUCGUGCUGAAGGCGCUCAUCCGACAAGGCCCCCAGGAGGAGGAGGUGCAGGAGGCCGACCGCAACCGCAGGAAUGGUCUUAUCAUUGCCUGUUACCAAGGUUAUGUGGAUAUUGUAAUAGCCUUAGCACAAUGCCCUCACCUUGAUGUGAACUGGCAGGACAACGAAGGGAACACAGCUCUAAUUACAGCUGCACAGGCAGGGCACAUAACCAUUACAAACUAUUUGUUGAACUAUUUUCCUGGGCUUGAUAUUGAGAAGAGAAAUGCAUUUGGAUUCACAGCACUGAUGAAAUCUGCAAUGCAGGGUCGAACAGAAUGUGUGAAAGCCUUGAUGAUGGCAGGGGCAAAUGUUCAUGCAACUGACCCAAGCCGUGGACUAACUUCAUGGGAAUGGGCUUGUUUCACAGGAAGAUCAGAAUCUGCCUUCAUCAUGCAGAAGCUGAUGGACAGACCAUGCCCAGAACAGUUUUCUGAUCAAUAUAAACCAGAAUGGCCAAAAAUGAAGGAACUUCUUGAGAAGGCUGCAGAAGCAAAAAGCUGUUUGCAGAAGAUUUCUGAGUGCAUAAGAGCAGCUGUCUCAUUCCGGUCUUUCUAUGGCCCAGAAGAGGAUGGAGUCCUUGAUCACAUGGUGAAGGUGACAACAAGCUUGGGAAGUCCCUUCAUCACUCUGGCAUGCCGGACUGUGUGCCCCGGCAGCCCACCUUGUGUGGGGAAACGCAGACUGGCUGUGCAGGAAAUCCUUAGGAAGCAGAGAGCAGAGGAAAUCCGGUCUCAAGACAAAGAUCAUGUUAACAACUAUGAGAAGCUCUUUCAGAACUCCAAAGUCACAGUGAUCCCCAAGAAGAAGGAGCGUCGAGCUAGCCUGCAGCCCAUCAGCAUUGCAAUGUCCCAAGUAAGCACAGUAGCUACAAGGAAAGCAAGCCUCCUGCCACUCCACCUACUUCGACGGAGCAGUGUCCGGCCGGGAUUUGUCAUCCCCAAAGUCCGUGUAAGCAAGGCACCUCCACCUACCUUCCAGCCAGAAAAGGCGAGAAGGAGGAGCAGUGCAAAGGACGACCCCUAUCUGCAGAUUCCCAAAUGGAGAUACAAGGAGUUAAAAGAGGAGCGGAGAAAGGCAGAGGAACUGGAGAAGAAUAGAGCAGCAGAGGCUCAAAAGCCAAGGCAGGUGUCUCCUUCCCAGAGCAGGACCUGAUUUAAAGGCAGUCGGUGAGAGGUUUUUGAGCCGCUAGUCUUGUUAUCCCAGCAAGAUUACAAGAGACUGAAUGUCUUUGUGCAUGCUCACUGCUCAUGGAGCUGGAAUACUGAGUCAUGGCCUUUAAGGAGCAGAAAUACAGCAAUGGUUAUGCCACGGCAUAUUUGAUGGUGGAGCAAGAAUGUAUUUUGAGCUGGAACACAUACUAGGUUAAGCAGUCUGCUGUUGAUGGGAUGUUCUAAGUGGUGCAGUAGUCUUGUGGAUUCCUCUUUUUCCAGCUCCUGGUGAAUGACUGUGAAACAGCUUGAAAAAUAUGUUUGAAAGGAUUGUAUUUUGUGUUUGUUCAUUUUGCAAUGGACAAAAUUAAGGAGCUGUGGUUUUGACACCAGACAUUCCUCCCUCUUCUUCCUUAGGCAGAUAUAUUGCAAAGAUUUAUAAUAAUAAUUAGCAGUUUAAAAUAUACCACAGUGUUGGUUGGCAAUGAAAAUCCAGGUCUACAGUUUUAGAUAUAAUGAGCACUUUAUUUCUAUUCCAGUAAGCAGAUCUUAAAUACAGGCAUUAAACCCUACAGGUCCAUACAGUCUGUAUGGAUGCAGUUCUUAA